CGCGCUCCCGGUGGUUAGCUAAUGCUAGCUCAGUGCGAACGGAAACAAGGAGAGAAAAGACUGCGAGGAGAAGAUGGCGGAUCCUGUGGGUUGCGCUUUGUAAAGACGGCUGCAACCCUUCGAUUUCGUCGACCAACGUCGUGAAAGGACUAGCGAAUAUCGAACUAAAUACCAUCCGAAGAUUGAAUUGAGGACUUAUUGGCCUCGAGUCGAGGGACUGUCGAUGUGUGGACCUCUGGCGUAGCGAUGUCCGGCUAGCAGAACGGCUGCUCCGAUCGGAUGACUUUACGUUUUAUUUCGAUUAGUUUUGGAUUACCGUCUGAUUAACCACAUUAACCACACUUUUCACACUGGUCGUGUUGGUUUCGUUAAGUUACUCCGCUGGUAGGGAACGUGUUUUUUUCACUGUUGGCUUCGACGACACCUCCCGGGAGGCACGUUAGAUCAGCACUAUCUCCUCGAUAAAUCGGCAUUUAAUCUGACUUUGUAUGUUCUUUAUAUUAUACUGAUUCUAAUCGAAAUUGCCGUAAUAAUUGGUGGGGAUUAUGGCGAGUAGCAGCGGCUCCAAAGCCGAGUUUAUAGUCGGGGGAAAAUACAAGCUGGUCCGGAAGAUCGGGUCGGGGUCGUUCGGAGAUAUCUACCUGGCCAUCAACAUCACCAACGGAGAGGAGGUAGCAGUCAAAUUGGAAUCGCAGAAAGCCAGACAUCCACAGCUACUAUACGAAAGUAAACUUUACAAGAUCCUACAAGGAGGCAUCGGCAUUCCCCACAUCAGGUGGUAUGGACAGGAGAAGGACUACAAUGUUCUAGUCAUGGACCUGCUAGGACCCAGUCUGGAAGACCUGUUCAACUUCUGCUCCCGGCGCUUCACCAUGAAGACCGUCCUCAUGUUGGCCGAUCAGAUGAUCAGCAGAAUCGAGUAUGUGCACACAAAGAACUUCAUCCACAGAGACAUAAAGCCAGAUAACUUCCUCAUGGGCAUCGGUCGACACUGUAACAAGUGUUUAGACUCUUCAGUGGGGAAGAGGAAACGAAGCUUGGCUGUUAGCUCUGCUCAGGAUCCAUCUUUCUCAGGAUUAAACCAGCUAUUUCUCAUUGACUUUGGGCUGGCUAAAAAGUACAGAGAUAACCGAACAAGGCAACACAUCCCCUACAGAGAAGACAAGAACCUAACGGGCACGGCCCGCUACGCAUCCAUCAACGCACACCUGGGGAUUGAACAGAGCCGACGUGACGACAUGGAGUCGCUAGGCUACGUGCUGAUGUACUUCAACAGAACCAGUCUGCCAUGGCAGGGAUUAAAGGUUCCUCAGGCUGCAACCAAGAAGCAGAAGUACGAGAAGAUCUCUGAAAAGAAAAUGUCAACCCCUGUAGAAAUUCUCUGCAAGGGAUUCCCAGCAGAGUUCGCCAUGUAUCUGAACUACUGCCGUGGUCUGCGUUUUGAAGAGGCCCCGGACUACAUGUACCUUCGCCAACUGUUCCGGAUCUUGUUCAGGACACUGAACCACCAGUAUGACUACACAUUCGACUGGACGAUGCUGAAGCAGAAAGCAGCCCAGCAGGCAGCCUCCUCCGGGGGCCAAGGUCAGCAGGCACAGACCCCCACAGGCAAGCAAUCUGAUAAACCCAAGCCUAACAUGAAAGGUUUCUAAGCGCUUUCCUGUCAGGAGUGAAAGUCGGGCGGAGGGACUCCACAGUAGCACCAUAAUCAUUGGCGACUAGGACCACCUCCUGCCCAGAGGGCUUUAUUCUCCCCCCCCCACCACCACCAAACAAACUUUCUCCUUCCAUAAUUACUAUGUAUGUAAUGGAUAUAUAGAUAUACAAAUGCCUCUGUUUGCAGCAAUAUCUAUAUAUUGGUAUGUAUAUAAUAUUCUCCACUUUGAAGAAAGAAAAUAAAUUAAAGCUUUUUGUUGGGGCUGAGGCAUCUUUUUCCCUUAUACCACCUUUCCCACUUCCCAUUAUCCUUAUUCUUUUGGUUUCUUGGGUAACAAUAGUUGAACAAUUUAAUUGCUCUUUUAGUCCUUCCCUUCCUUCCAGUGACAUGUGUAGACCUGUUAACCCUGCCCCCGUGUGCCCCUUGUUUUAUACCCGCCUCAGUGACAUUCAUAAAACAUUAAGUCAAACUUCUUAUUUUUUUGUUUGAAAAGAAUGAAUGAUGGAAUCCUGGUUAUUUACUUUGCUUAAAAUGUCGGAGUUCUAUUCCUUUUUUCCAUUCUCUAUUUUUAUUUUCUAUGGUGAUUAGGAGUGUUGAGCAGCUGCGUUAAUGUCCCAGCUGGCGACGGUCUACAAUAGUCUGGCUCUCCUUCUCUUGUAAGAGUGCUGCAUUAUUUUUGAAUCUGUUGAUACACCUAUGGUCUUCUGAAACAGUCUUCUAAAUGCCAAUAAAAAUGUAAAAAUACAAUAAAAAGCC